ACAAAAUCGGCGAAAUUGGAGACCAUCGCGAAGAAAAAAAGCGUGAGCCGAACCAUUUUUCGAGAGCAGCCGGCGCCACUCGUUUUUUUCUCUCUCCCCUUCCCACCCCCCACUUCUUCGACCUUGUCAUAACGCAUCGCAAGGGAGAAAAGCUCGACAAUCCUCCUCGUUGUCGAUUCUCCUCUCGCCCAGCAUGGCUGCCGCUACCGAACGGUUUUUACACCUCGCUCGCCCGCUGGCUCACACGAAUAUCGGGCUCCAGACGAACAUUGCCCCGCUCACUGUCCAGAUCCAGCCUCAGGCUGUCCUCUCCAUCCUCGAUCAUGCCGUUCGACGAGAUGUCCGUGAGAACUCCCAGUCCACCCGGGUCAUCGGCGCCCUGGUAGGCACCCGCUCCGAAGAUGGCACAGAGGUCGAGGUCCGCCAGUGCUUCGCCAUCCCCCACACCGAGGAGGAGGACCAGGUCGAGGUCGACGUCGAAUACCAGAAGAACAUGCUCGCCCUGGUCCUCAAGGCCUCCCCCCGCGAGUCCCUGCUCGGCUGGUACACCACCUCCCACGAGCUCAACAGCUUCAGCGCCUUGAUCCAGAACUUCUUCGCCGCUCCGGACACCGGCACCUUCCCUCACCCCGCCAUCCACCUCACCAUCUCCACAGAGCCCGGCAAGGAUAUUGAGACGAGAUGCUACAUCAGCGCCCCUGUGGCCGUCAAUGCCGAGCGAGCCGCCGAGAGCUGCCUUUUCAUCCAGGUCCCCCAUAAGAUGCUGUACGGAGAUGCCGAGAAGAGUGCCCUCGAGGCCGUCGCCAGCGCCCGCGACGUCGAGUCACGGACUGCGCCCUUGGUAUCGGACAUUGAGAGCCUGGGCCGAUCCAUCGAGCAGACCAUUGGCCUUCUGGACCGUGUCAGCGAGUGGGUCAACGGCGUACUGGACGAGGACGUCGAGCCCAACAAUGCCCUGGCGCAGUAUCUCAUGAGCGCCCUAUCUCUGGCGCCCAAGGUCGACGCUUCUCAGAUCGAGCACGACUUCAACAACCACAUCCAGGACGUUCUCAUGGUCAGCUACCUGGCCAACACCAUCCGAACGCAGAUCGACCUCUCUCAGCGACUGGCUGUAGCCAACCUGGUCAGCGGCGAGAAGGAGGAGGGCAAGAAUGACGGCGAAAAGGGCGGCCGAGGCGGCGGCAAGCGUGGCGGACGCGGCGGCGGCAGGGGUGGUGGUCAACAAAGAGAGCCUCGAGAGCCUCGCGAGCCUCGAGAGCCCACCGAGUAAACCAAGAAGAAUUGCAUCGGAAAGGGUAAUUAGCAGCUACAACGAUCGUCUUUGGGCUUAAUUUGUUUUUUUCCCUUUCCAUCCCGGCAACUAAGCCCCCCCAAAGCAGAAAAGACCCUACAAGAGGAAGGGAAAAGAGGAAUUUUGGAAGUGGAAAACAAAAAAAGGAACGCGCCUGAGGCGUCUUUGGAUGAACGGGGUGGGAGAGGGAGAGGGACUGGGCAUGUAUCGUGUCGGUGUUCCAGCAAUACA